AUGGGUCGGCAUCACCUUCAGCGUUUCGCAUCCCCAUCACCCUCCCUUUCCCUACUCAUCCACCUUGCUGGCGUCGCGUCUCUAGGCAAAAGCUUCCACUUCCUUUUGAGCUGGGACACUCCCUUGGCCGAGUCGCACGGAUGGUAUUUCCAGUUUCUGACCAUUAUUGGUCUGGCACUCUCGCUGUCAGUAUUCGCACUGGCUUCCGUUGCUGACAUAACGGGGAAUACGGCAUUGUUCGAGCUUAAGAAUCUGAUUUCAAUUGUUGCUACGCCCCUUGAGGUCCUCAUUUCGACGCUGUAUUGGGGAAUCUGUGCCAUCGACACAUCUCUUAUAGUUCAGCCUGGGUUUGAACUGUCCACCUGGGUCGAUAUUGGAUUUCACCUGGCGCCUGCUGUUUUGUUGACGCUGGACCUGGUUUUGUUUAGUCCGCCGUGGACAAUCUCUGGGUACGGCAUGAUGUCAUUGAGCACUGCAUUUGCAUUUUCGUACUGGUACUGGGUUGAGGUGUGCUUUAGCAAGAACGGCUGGUACCCAUAUCCUAUGUUCGAGCUGCUCACCACUGGCCAGCGGGCGUUGCUCUUCACUGUCUCUGCUGGACUUGUGACGGUUUUCUCAAGCAUCUUGAAAUGGGUCUACGGCGUGGUUAAUGGAAAUGAACAGGCUCGACGAGAGGCUCACAAGCCUCUGAAGAAGGUUCAGUGA